AUGUUUUCCAUCCGUCCAGCAGUCUGUCGGGCGUGCAGAAGGACGCAGCUCCGUCCUCUACGAACCUUUGCGACCGCUACCGGUCCGAUCCAGCAGCCUCCCCGCGACAACUACGUCAAGCUCGUCGAGGUCGGCCCACGCGAUGGCCUGCAGAACGAGAAGAAGACAAUUCCCCUCGCCACCAAAAUCGAGCUGAUCGAGAAGCUCGCCAGGACGGGCUUGUCGACGAUUGAGGGUGGCUCUUUCGUCGCACCCAAAUGGGUUCCCCAGAUGGCCAAUUCGAACGAUAUCCUCGAGCACAUCCUCACGAAAAAGAUCUCUUCGCCCUCUCAAAUAUCGUACUCCUUCCUCGCACCGAAUACCAAGGGCCUGCAGAACGCCCAGGCGCUGCUGGCCAAGUAUCCCGGCGCCUUCGCUUCGCAGCUCCAGCCCUCGGCCGAUCCGUCGACGCCCGCGGUCGAGGUUGCGGUCUUUGCGGCUGCUACCGAGUCGUUCUCCAAGAAGAACCUGAAUUGCGACAUUGCGACAUCACUGGACCGCUUCCGCGAGGUGAUCCGCGACGCAAAGGCUGCCGGCCUCCGCGUCCGCGCCUACGUCUCGGUCGUCCUCGGCUGCCCGUUCGAGGGCUACGACGUGGACCCGCACAAGGUGGCCGAGAUCGCGACGGACCUGCUCGAGUCUGGCGCCGACGAGAUCUCGCUGGGCGACACUACUGGCAUGGGAACCGCGCCGCGGACGAAGGAGCUUCUGGGCUGCAUGCGGUCGGCGGGUAUCAGGAACGAGGAUAUUGCGAUGCACUUUCACGAUACGUACGGCCAGGCGCUGGUCAACACUGCCAUAUCCCUGGAGCAUGGGAUUCGCACCUUUGACAGCAGUGUUGGUGGACUUGGCGGGUGCCCUUACAGCCCUGGUGCGACUGGUAACGUGGCUACGGAGAACAUGAUCUACUUCAUUGAGAGUCUGGGGAUGGAGACUGGCAUCGACCUGGACGCCAUGUCUGAUAUUGGCGCGUGGAUCACGGGGGAGCUGAGCAAGUCCAACGACAGCACCGUUGGAAAGGCGGUGUUGGGAGCCAGAGCCCGUGAGGCGUCGGCCGCUUAA